GCCUUCAUGACUGUAACUCUGUUUCCUGUCCGGCUGUUCUUUGCUGCAUUUAUGAUGUUGUUGGCCUGGCCCUUUGCAUUCCUCGCCUCUAUGGGAUCUGCUGAGAAAGAACUUGAAAAGCCUCUUUCCUGGUGGCGAAAGGUUGUGGAUGUCUUGCUGAAGGCAAUCAUGAGAGCCAUGUGGCUUGCUGGAGGAUUUCAUUGGAUAAAUGUAAAGGGCAGGCAGGCAUUGCCCACUGAAGCAGCAAUACUGACUCUGGCCCCACAUUCCUCAUACUUCGAUGCUAUCCCCGUAACAAUGACCAUGGCCUCCAUUGUUAUGAAAGCAGAAAGCAAAGAUAUUCCUGUGUGGGGAACUCUGAUCAAAUACAUUCGACCUGUAUUUGUAUCUCGAUCAGAUCAGGAUUCCCGAAGAAAAACUGUGGAGGAAAUAAGACGGCGUGCUCAGUCAAAGGGCAGAUGGCCGCAGAUAAUGAUAUUCCCAGAAGGAACCUGCACCAAUAGAUCCUGUCUAAUUACCUUCAAACCUGGAGCGUUUAUCCCUGGAGUACCAGUCCAGCCAGUGAUUUUACGUUAUCCAAACAAACUGGAUACAAUCACAUGGACAUGGCAAGGCCCAGGAGCGUUGAAAAUUCUGUGGCUUACUUUAUGUCAGUUUCACAAUUUUGUGGAAAUUGAGUUCCUCCCUGUGUACAUACCUUCAGAAGAGGAGAGGAACAAUCCUUCUUUGUAUGCAAAUAAUGUGAGACGGGUCAUGGCAAAGGCCUUGGGAAUUUUGGUAACAGACUAUACCUUUGAAGACUGCCAGCUAGCUUUGGCUGAAGGGCAACUCCGUCUCCCUUCAAACACCUGUCUCUUAGAAUUUGCGAAACUUGUGCGAAGCCUUGGGUUAAAGCCAGAAAGGCUUGAAAAAGAGCUUAAUAAAUACUCAGAAAGUGCCAGGAGAAUAAAAAAGAGAAAAGUCAAUCUCAAAGAGUUCGCGGCAUACCUGGAAGUCCCCGUUUCUGACACAGUAGAAAACAUGUUCGCACUUUUUGAUGAGAAGGAAAAUGGUCUGAUUGACUUGCGAGAAUAUGUAACUGCUUUGUCAGUAGUCUGUAGACCAUCCAAAACCUUGCAAACAAUACAGUUGGCUUUUAAGAUGUAUCAGUCAGAAGUGGGAACACUAACAGAAGAAGAUUUAACUUGUAUUCUAAAGACUGCCAUGGGUGUCUCAGACCUUAAUGUAUCAAACUUGUUUAAAGCUAUAGACAAAGAAGAAAGGGGUACAAUUACAUAUGAUGAUUUUCACAGGUUUGCAGAAAUGUACCCAAACUUCGCUGAAGAGUAUUUAUAUCCUGAUCAGGUGGAAACAGAAAGUUAUUUGAAGAAUCCUGCUCCUAAUGGUUUCUGUACAGACUUCAGCCCAGAAAUUAUAGAAGGAAGAAGAAAUCCCUUACAGAAGAAACUGAAUUAA